CGAUAACCUGUCCGUUUGGAAUGGGUGGUUUCCCCCUCUCCUCGAGUUCGAGUGCGGGAGUUUAUCCCUCUCCCGGAUGUUUCUUUAUUUAUAUUUUCUUUUUCUUCUUUUUCUGGGCUGUCACAGAACAGGAUUAAGAUGCAGGGUCUAGUUUUUCCUUCCCGGGCAAAUAAACUGUACGGAACUGUUGUUUGCCGGAACUGCAUUGUUGCAUUCGGGCGGAGUUUGGCGGCGGGGGGGGACGCAAAACACCCGGGGCCCGGCGGUGUUUAGGCUUCGGCCGUUGCCCCGGCUCCCGGCAGAACUCGAGGGUCCAUGCGUGGGCCGAGGCGGCCGGCAGCUUGCAGCCAGGACCACCACCCCCUCCUUCCCCUCGCGCCGGGGGCCUCGAGCGGAUAAAGCUCUACGACCUGCGGAAAAAUCAUCUCUGAAGUGAGAAGCUGUCUUCAGCCGUGUGUCCUGUGAGAGAUCACUGAUGGUUACAUAGCAUCCCUGCUGCACCAGCAGGUCCUCAGGGUUUGUGCCAGUUUGCAAACAUGUUCACCGUCUCUCAGACUUCAAGAGCGUGGUUCAUCGACCGAGCCCGGCAGGCGCGAGAGGAAAGGAUGGUGCAGAAGGAGCGCGAGCGCGCGGCCGUGGCCAUGCAGGCCCACGUCCGGAGUUUCCUGUGCCGGAGACGACUGCACAGAGACGUCAGGAGAGAGAUUGAUGAAUUUCUUAAAGCAGAUGACUCUGGGCCCAGCAAAAGAAGUGCACUCUGUGUUUUUAAGAUUGCCAGGAAAUUGCUGUUUUUAUUCAGAAUGAAAGAGGACAGUGAGAGAUUUGAGAAGUUGUGUCGUUGCAUCUUGAGCAGCAUGGAUGUUGAGAACGAGCCUAAGGUAUGGUACGUGUCCCUGGCUCUUUCCAAGGACCUCACUCUCCUGUGGAUUAAACAGAUCAAGGACAUUCUGUGGUAUUGCUGUGAGUUUCUUGAACAGCUAAAGCCUGAAAUCUUACAGGAUUCCAGACUCGUCACACUGUACCUCACCAUGCUUGUGACCUUCACAGACACUUCAACAUGGAAGAUUCUCCGGGUAAAAGGUGAGAGCCUUCGACCAGCCAUGAACCACAUUUGUGCAAAUAUCAUGGGACAUCUCAACCAACGUGGAUUUUUUCCCGUGUUGCAGGUAUUGUUAACCCGUGGUCUGGCCAGACCCCGGCCCUGUCUGUCCAAAAGCACUUUGACAGCAGCCUUUUCUCUGGCAUUGCGCCCUGUGGUCGCCGCACAGUUUUCGGACAAUCUGAUGAGGCCGUUCCUCAUCCACAUCAUGUCCGUGCCUGCUCUUGUGACUCACCUCAGCAUGGUGGCUCCUGAGCGUCUCACUGUUUUGGAAUCUCAUGACAUGCUUCGUAAAUUCAUCAUAUUUCUAAGAGAUAAAGAUCAGUGCCGUAAUGUAUGUGAAAAUUUGGAAGGAUGCCAUACGCUUUGUCUAAUGGGCAACCUCCUACACUUGGGGUCACUCAGUCCCAGGGUGUUAGAGGAAGAGACAGAUGGAUUUGUGAGCUUGCUCACCCAAAUGCUGUGCUACUGUCAGAAGUACGUGUCCCAGAAGAAAUCCAACCUGACCCACUGGCACCCUGUCCUUGGCUGGUUUUCCCAGUCCGUGGAUUAUGGCCUCAACGAGUCCAUGCAUCUGAUCACUAAACAGCUGCAGUUCCUGUGGGGUGUGCCACUCAUUCGCAUCUUCUUCAGUGACAUCCUGAGCAAGAAGCUGCUGGAGCACCCAGAGCCAACCCCUGUGCAGCCUGCAUCCCCACAGAAUGUGCUUCCUGUGAAGAGUCUCCUCAAGCGUGCAUUUCAGAAGUCUGCAUCAGUUCGGAACAUCCUCAAGCCUGUUGGGGGCAAGCGCGUGGACUCCGCCGAGGUGCAGAAGGUGUGCAGCAUCUGCGUCCUCUACCAGACCUCACUGGCAACUCUGACCCAGAUCCGCCUGCAGAUUCUCACAGGUCUCACUUACCUUGAUGACCUGCUGCCCAAACUGUGGGCAUUUAUCUGUGAGCUGGGGCCCCAUGGAGGGUUAAAGCUCUUCUUGGAAUGCCUGAACAAUGACACUGGAGAGUCCAAGCAGCUCUUGGCCAUGCUGAUGCUGUUCUGUGAUUGUUCCCGGCACCUCAUCACGAUCCUUGAUGACAUUGAAGUUUAUGAAGAACAAAUUUCAUUUAAACUGGAAGAACUGGUCACCAUUUCCUCUUUUCUGAAUUCCUUCGUGUUUAAGAUGAUCUGGGACGGAAUUGUAGAGACCGCUAAAGGUGAGACCCUGGAGUUGUUUCAGUCCGUCCAUGGGUGGCUGAUGGUGCUCUAUGAGCGAGACUGCCGGCGGCGCUUCGCCCCCGAGGACCACUGGCUGCGAAAGGACCUCAAGCCUAGUGUGCUCUUCCAAGAACUUGACAAGGACCGAAAGCGUGCACAGCUGAUCCUGCAGUACAUCCCCCAUGUCAUUCCUCACAAAAAUAGAGUUCUCCUGUUCCGAAACAUGGUGACCAAGGAGAAGGAGAAUCUGGGGCUUGUGGAAACCAGCUCUGCCUCCCCUCACGUCACUCACAUCACUAUCCGAAGGUCCCGGAUGUUGGAGGACGGCUAUGAACAGCUCCGGCAGCUCUCCCAGCAUGCCAUGAAGGGUGUGAUCCGAGUGAAGUUUGUCAAUGACCUUGGGGUGGAUGAGGCUGGGAUUGACCAAGAUGGUGUAUUCAAGGAGUUCUUAGAAGAGAUCAUCAAGAGGGUGUUCGACCCAGCACUCAAUCUGUUCAAGACAACCAGUGGGGAUGAGAGGCUAUACCCCUCGCCCACAUCCUACAUUCACGAGAACUACCUGCAGCUCUUCGAGUUUGUGGGGAAGAUGCUGGGGAAGGCUGUGUAUGAGGGAAUUGUGGUGGACGUACCCUUUGCCUCCUUCUUCUUGAGUCAGCUGCUCGGGCACCACCACAGCAUCUUCUAUAGCUCUGUGGAUGAGCUUCCUUCACUAGACUCGGAGUUCUAUAAAAACCUCACCUCCAUCAAGCGCUACGACGGGGACAUUGCUGACCUGGGCCUGACGCUGUCCUACGAUGAGGACGUCAUGGGGCAGCUUGUCUGCCAUGAACUGGUUCCUGGAGGGAAGACCAUUCCUGUUACAAAUGAAAAUAAAAUUAGCUACAUCCAUCUGAUGGCACAUUUUCGAAUGCACACUCAAAUCAAAAACCAGACAGCUGCUCUCAUUAGCGGAUUCCGUUCCAUUAUCAAACCAGAAUGGAUUCGAAUGUUCUCUACCCCUGAGCUGCAGCGCCUCAUCUCCGGGGACAAUGCUGAGAUUGAUCUGGAGGAUUUAAAGAAGCACACAGUGUACUAUGGCGGCUUUCAUGGAAGUCACAGAGUCAUCAUCUGGCUCUGGGAUAUUCUGGCCUCCGACUUCACACCUGAUGAAAGAGCCAUGUUUCUGAAGUUUGUGACCAGCUGCUCCAGGCCCCCGCUCCUGGGAUUUGCCUACCUCAAGCCUCCAUUCUCCAUCCGCUGUGUGGAAGUGUCCGACGACCAGGACACGGGGGACACGCUGGGCAGCGUCCUCCGGGGCUUCUUCACCAUCCGCAAGCGGGAGCCGGGAGGCCGCCUACCCACCUCCUCCACGUGCUUCAACCUGCUCAAGCUGCCCAACUACAGCAAGAAGAGCGUCCUCCGAGAGAAGCUUCGCUACGCCGUCAGCAUGAACACGGGCUUCGAGCUCUCCUAGCCCCCACCCCCUGGCCUCCAGGCCACCUGCAGCUCCUGGAGGCAGCAUGGCUCUGGGACUGUGGCCAUGUGCAGGUGACAUCGACCCUGCACCCUCUCUAGCCAUGGGGCCACCCUGGGGCCUCGGAACUUCAGAGGUGCACAGCAGCACUAACAGCAUUCUCCAGCUGCUGCGGCUGGGGAAGGAGCUUGAGAACCAACCUCCAGCUCCACCCCAUGGGUCUUCCUAUUUCCCAGGGCCCUGAGGUGCCCAGGCCUAGAGACUGCACAGGGUCUUCCUUUCGGUACUGUGGUCUUUUGCAGAGCUUUCUUCCCCGACCCCUCUGUGCUGUGUGAAUGCCCUCCCAGAAUGGCAAGAGUGGUUCCCAUGGCAAGGUUCUGAAUGUACAAAGCCUAUUGCCCAUGAGGUCCUGCCUUCUGUUCUGAAAACUUUUCUCAGGUAAGGCCUUGCCAAGCCUCUAUGCACCGGACAGUCCUGCCUCUCCCCUGUCCACAGCAGCCUCUUGCCCGGCAGCUGCGCCCAGCCACUUGCGGGGAGACUGCUGACAGCAAAGAGUGCAGGUCCCGCUCCAUCGCCACGCCACCCAUUCCACACCGCAGCCCUUCCGAGUCCUCGGCAGGCUGAGCUGCCAGGGAGCCUUUACUGGGCGGCGCCUGCCCUGUGCAUUCUUGACAUCCUGGUUUGGGAGAGAAGCCCGCCUCCCUGAAAAACAGCCCUGUUUCUGGCCACACUAACUGUUGACUGGAUCCUGCUCACCAUGCAUAUUUGCCCAGUCUGUUACCUAACCUGGAAACCAACACUAACCCAAGGCACCCACCCCUCUGGAUAGAGCUUUUCUCCAUGGAUUGCAGCACCCCAGAAUAGCAGCCCUAAUGCCAUCCUCCCUCAGCACCUUUGUACUGACUGGCCCCGGGCUGCAGAAACCCUGCACACCCUCACUGCCUCGGUUGGCUACCGCUCUCUUUGUUUUAAUUGCAUCUCCUUUUCUAACCCCUUGUGCCCCUGGGCCCUCCCUCCUCCCCUCUAUCAUGAGAAUUUUCUCUGGAUCCAAGGAGUUGAGGCACAGGUCCUGGGUUAGUGGUCUCUUGUGGAAGCCACGUCCUCUGUCAACCCAUUCAUCUCCCACCCCUCCAUCACCCAGCUGGAAACCAGAGUAGAAGCUCCCUCUGCUCUGUGCUAACAGCUGAGGUCUUACAGUGCUCCCCAAAGCAAAGAACACUUCCAGCAGGAACCUGCGUGCUGUAGGAAAGGCAGGCAUGCCCUGUUUCCAUGGCUUCCAUGGGAGAGUUUAAGCUGGACCCAGUGUCAGACCAGGGCAAGCCCCCGGGCUUCUGGAGAACUCUGCUUCCCUCACAUGGAGAGCUGGCAGAAUGUGCGCACAGCAGGUUAUCAUUAUGACUUCAGAUUGGUAACUGUGCUAUGAACUUGCCGCCUUCUUGAAACACUCCUCGGAAAAUGUCUGCCAACUGUAUGUGUACCCAGCUGUCCAUAGAUGAGCAGCACACAGGUGAUGGUCGGCCUGCAUGAAGAAGAUGGAGCCCUUCUUGGUUUUGCUUGCCCAAGAAUCUCAGGCCCAGGGAUCUGGGGAGGAAAGAAUGGGGAAUACGCGCCAACAUGGACCUGACCUCCUCGUGUGUGGACAGGGAGGGCCGCUGGUACUUGGUCGGGCUCUCCUUGGCAGUGCUUGUCGUGCACUCUGACCCCGAAUCUGCUUUCAUAGCUGGUGCUCACUGCACCCGGGUGGCUGUAAAUAGUCAAAGGAUUUUGGUUUUUGUAGGUAACUUAUGGGUUAAAACAUGUCAAAGGCUUUAUUAAAUUUGUACUUGAGCACA